GGGGUAUAAAUGCAUCUUCUCGGCUGUCACGGCAGGUUCUCUGAGUAGACGGGUCCCCAGAGCCCGCCUGCCUGUGACCAUGGAGGCCAGAGCGCUCUGGCUGCUGGUGGUGGUCCUGGUCCUGGGGUCCUCCAACAGGGCAGCGGCGUACGAGGGCCUGUCGACGAACCUGUGUGAGGUGCCGGCCAAGGACAGGGUGGACUGCGGCUACCCCGAGAUCAGCUCCGAGCAGUGCACCAAUCGGGGCUGCUGCUUCGACUCCAGCAUCCACGGAGUGCCCUGGUGCUUCAAGCCUCUGCAGGACACAGAAUGCCGAUUUUGAAGCAACGUGCAGUGGCCCCGGACACGCUGGGAUAAGACCCCCCGCCUCGGGGCCCCGGCCUGGGUCCUCUGCCGGCCGCUCCCUGCUCCCUGCUUUUCUCCUACCGGCUCGCGGCAAGCCCUUCCACGGAAAGCUAGCGCCUGGCGCCUGGCGCCUGACGCCUUAACGAAUAAAGAUCCCGUGCUCAGCAUGAGGGCCGUUCCUCAUUCCCGUGACUCGAGACUC